AUGUCAGAUUUAAAAAAAGAUGUGGAACGGAAAAAGAAGGAGGUGAUAGAGAAAUUAAAGAAUGGUGCGUUUAUUGCUAAAGCACAACCACCAUCAUCAUCUCAUGGUUUAUUUUGGCAACAUUUAUUACGUAUUAAAUGCUCCAGUGAUCAAUAUCAACCAUUUGUUCAAUGUGGAUUAUGUAAUGACAUUUUAUCGUAUUCAAUUUCUAAUGGAACUUCUACGAUUAGUUAUCACGUAAAAAAUUGUCUUGAAAAAUCAAAUCAAUUAAAGAACAAUAAUACACUUGAUAAAUAUUUAAAUAAAUCUAAUGAAGUUAGUGUAUCACCUGAUGAUAAACGAUCAAUAACGAUUGCCUGCGCCAAAUUCUGCGCAUUAGACAUGCGAUCAUUCAACAUCGUAAAAGGUCCUGGUUUUACAAAUUUAUGUCAAUCUUUGAUUAAUCUUGGCUACCAGUACGGUGUAGCUAAACUUGGUGCACCUACAUCAACAUUAUUAUUACCUGACCCAACUAAUAUAUCGCGCACUAUUUCUCGAAUAUCAAAUGAUUAUCGAAAUAAAUUAAAAGAUAUUAUGAUGGUUGAUUUAAAAGCUGUUAGAUUAAUUGGCAUAUCAAGCGAUUACUGGAAAAAUAGUGGUACAAAUCUUUUGCUUGAACGAAAUGAAGCACAUUAUUUACAAGAUAUUAAUCGAAAAUUAGUUAAAGAUGUAGAGAAAUUUUUAUCAUUAUUUAAAGUAGCAAGUGAGCAACUAUCUGCUGAUACUUCACCAACAUUACAUCUAGUUGUUCCCUGGUUUUGGAAAUUAAAAGCUUCUUGUAUACCUAACCAGGAUGAUUCUUUAUUAUUAAAUCAAUUUAAAAAUGCUGUUUCAAAUAUGUUGGAUGAUAAAGUUCAUUUGACAUCAUUACACUAUAUAGCUACAUGUUUAUAUCCUGCAACAAAAAAGCUUCAAACAUUAGAGGAUAGUUAUCGAAAUGAAAUUUAUGCAGAUAUCAGAAAAAUAAUAGUAACACUUGGUAUUCGUGAAGAAAACUCAUCUUUAUCAUCUAAAACCAAUUCUAAAACCACCAAUAAACGAUUAAAAAAAAAGAAAAACAAUUUUAUUAAGGAAAAUGAUGUUAUGGUAGAAUUUGCUGGAGAUCCCGAGGACGACUCGGAUGACGAUUCUGAUGAGCUUGAACGUUAUCUUAAAACGAAACUGUCAUUUACGAAGGAUGAUACAAUUAUACAAUGGUGGAACAAACAUUCGCUAUUGUUUCCAGAACUUGCUUUGUUAGCAAAAUCAUUACUUGGAAUUCCAGCAAGUUCCGCAACAUCUGAACGGAUUUUUAGUGCGUCUGGACGGAUUUUAGAAAAACGAAGGCAAUCAUUAAAUCCAGAUGUAGUACACGAUAUGUUAAUGAUGCGAAACUUUCGAGAUAUAUGA